AUGGCGGCGAAGCGCGUGCGACUCCCAGGGAGCCGUCAGGGCAGGGUCCAUUUGCUCAACGAGGCGCACACAUAUCUCCGGCGAGGUCCUGACCAUCUCCAUGAAGGCCGGGUGCUCACGCAGGCACCGGAGGCUGUAUGCGCCAUAGUGAGCGAUCCAGGGCAGAAAAGGAUCGUUGACAUGGAGCCUGGCGAAAGCAGUGGUAAAGAUGGCAAUAACCGCUUCUGCAUAGCCCACGCGCAGAAAUCUGCCCAGCAUCCUCAAAUACUCAGCGAGUUUUCCGAAGGCGUAACUCUUGAGCUGGCUGAUGAGAUAGGUGUCUGCAAAGAUGUAGACCAAAAGGUGCGAGUUCAGCGGAUGGUCCUUGAUAUCAGCGGGAAGAUCGUCGCCAGUCAGCAGGCAGCUGUAGUCUACAGACUGGCCCUCGGCGACGGGAAAGUUGGUGAAGUUCAGCCUGUUCAGAACGUCGACGUCGUCGAUGACGUGGUACUCACCACGAUAUGCCCAUUCAACGAAGCGAGCAAGGGUAUCUUCCGAAGUAGCGGAGCAUACGAAUAUGCCGCUUGCCUGUUCCCGGAAAUUGGAGUCAAAGGCCACAGCCAAGGCCUCGGACUUGUCCCUGAGGAGAGCAAGGUGGAUCUUGAAGCGGCGAUGGCUGUUCUCCGCCUGCAGGGUCACAGUGUCCGAUGCGAGGAAGCUAUUAUACUUGAUCAGACCCUUGCACGAUCAGCUAUCUUUGCAGGUGUCGACUUACUUUGGGAAGUUCACGUUUUGGUCCACGGGGGCGCGUCCGACUUCCUGAGCUUGGGAAGCUCGUGGCAAAGAGAGACAGGGAAUCAUUUGAUUAGGAUAGGCGUGAAAGACCUCUUUUUUUAG